GUUCCAUAAGGUACACUACUAACAAGAAGAGUGUGUGUCCGCAACUGUAAUCAUCAUCCCGGGACCCCACGCAUUCAAUAUCCAUGGAACCUUUGAGUGGAUAUGUAAUAAGCUACCACUUCAGCCUCAAAACGGACGAUCUCUAACGUAGGGGAGCGAAAGAAUUGCAUUGUUGUCUCCUGCCUCCGGGUCAUUCCGCCUCUAUCCACCGUUGAUAGCGAAGGAACAGGAUGUCCAUGACCGAGAUCGGGGCUCCUACUCAGUUGGGCAGCGACCAGUCCCCAAGCUUAACCCGAGACUGCCUGAAGACGGUUGCACUACCGAUACGGAUCACUGCGCCUGUGUUCCCCCUCGGUCAAUAGAUGAACCAAGGGGAGGGGCGAUGCGGAUGGGUCAUGUGGGGGAUGCUGCGUCACCAAACAUGCUCGAUUCUUUGAAUCAUGCCGAAGCAAAUCCGCCAUUACCCUCCAGGAAUGACGGGGGCCUGAGCUGUGCGGUUGUCAUGGACUCGGAACACGCAACAACAGCGAACCCUCCCACCGACAAACAGCAAAGCCCGCUCGCCUACCUGACCACCCGAGAAUUCUACAUCACCCUCCUCCUGGGUCAAAUCCUCGCCAUCACCAACACAGCGUGCAGCACCUUCAGCACCCUCUUAGCCGACCGAGGCGUCUCCCUGCCGGCCACGCAGACCUUCUUCAACUACCUCCUGCUGACCGUGAUCUUCACCUCCUACACAAUCCACCGCCACGGGCUCCAGGGCUGGACCCAGAGCUUCCUGUCUCGCGGUUGGAAAUACCUCCUCCUCUCCCUCUUCGACGUGGAAGGCAACUACUUCCUCGUUCUGGCCUACCGCAACACGACCCUCCUCAGCGCCCAACUCAUCAACUUCUGGGCCAUCGCCAUCGUGGUCCUAAUCUCCUCGACCGUCCUGGGCGUGCACUACCACCGACCCCAACUCCUCGGGAUCUCCAUCUGCAUAACGGGGAUGCUCCUCCUCCUCUUCUCCGACCGCACCCCACCCGCCUCCGCUCACAACAAACUGCUCGGCGACCUCUCCGCCCUAAGCGGCGCAACCAGCUACGGCCUCGCCAACGUCCUCGAAGAAGUGCUGGUGACCACCGCCCCGAUCGCCGAGGUGCUCGGCCAGAUGGCGCUGUGCGGGGCGUGCAUCACCGCGCUGCAGGCCGUGGCGCUGGGGGAGCUGUCCGCCCUCCGCAGCAGCAGCACUGUGUGGGAUGCAAGGGUCCUGGGGUGGUGGGCCGCGUACACGCUCUGCCUCGCCGCGUUCUAUUGUCUGGUGCCGCUGCUGCUGCGGCGCGCGUCCGCCGCGUUCUUCAACCUGUCCAUGCUGACGAUGAACUGCUGGGGGGUCGCGGUCGGCGUGCUGCUUUUCCGGUAUCAGGUCGGCUGGGCGUACCCCGUGGCGUUCGCGUUGAUAGUCGCCGGCCAGGGGGUGUAUUUUCUCGGCGCGGCCCCGGUCUCCGGCGGCGGUGCGGGCGGGGGCGAGAAAAAGAAGCCUUGGGUGAGAUCCUAUUCUGGGUCGGGGAGGGUGGAUACGGGACGAAGGGGCCAGAGGCUUGGAGGAUUGGAGGCUUUGGAGGAGGAGGAGCCGUGCGCCGCCGAGCACUCUACCGAGGGUGGGAGACAAGUGGGUGGCCGAGCAAACAUCCAAGCAGUCAAGAUGGAUUCAUGA